CACGUGACUUCUUUGUGUGCUAGUCUCGCCGCGUGUGAGUCAGUGGAGCACUCAGUUAGUGACUUUUGAAGGAAGAUUCUACAUGUUCUGUGCUCAAUAUUUUAGGAUAUAAUUAAUAGAAAGCUUGGUGAAUCCUUGCUCAACGUGCCAUUAUAUAAAUUGGAUAUGCUUUUUGAAUAGUUAUCGCGUACGAGCUGGUUUUCUAACGGCCUAUCCAGGUCAAUGUUGACAAUGCCAAUGGCAAUAGUGGGCCAAAGGCACGCUAGGCAAAUGAUGGCAUUUUCAGGUCCGCCGGCUCCAGUUCCCUCGACACAUGCUAUCUUGACUGCCGCAGUAGCUGUCCCUUAUUACCAGGUCGUGCCCCCACAAGAUAUUCAACCGGAUAGACCCAUAGGUUACGGGGCAUUCGGCGUUGUUUGGUCAGUAACAGAUCCAAGAGAUGGAAAGCGUGUUGCCCUCAAGAAAAUGCCCAGUGUCUUCCAAAACAUGGUCUCUUGUAAGAGAGUGUACAGAGAACUUCGAAUGCUCUGUCAAUUUAAACAUGACAAUGUUUUGUCAGCAUUGGAUAUAUUACAACCUCCACACAUAGAUUUCUUCCAAGAAGUAUAUGUGUUAACGCCAUUGAUGCAGAGCGAUCUCCAUAAAAUCAUCGUAUCACCCCAGCCAUUGACAUCAGAUCACGUCAAAGUCUUUCUAUACCAAAUACUCAGAGGUUUAAAAUAUUUACAUUCUGCACGAGUCAUACAUCGAGAUAUCAAACCAGGAAAUCUUCUAGUCAAUAGUAACUGUGUUUUAAAAAUAUGUGAUUUUGGUUUGGCGCGAGUUGAAGAGCCAGACGAGUCAGUUCACAUGACACAAGAGGUUGUAACACAAUAUUAUCGUCCACCGGAAAUCCUUAUGGGGACCAAACACUACACCUCCAGUAUAGAUAUAUGGUCAGUAGGGUGCAUCUUUGCCGAACUGUUGGGCCGUAGAAUCCUAUUUCAAGCUCAAACACCCAUUCAACAGUUGGAUCUCAUCAUUGAACUAUUGGGUUCACCGAGUCUGGAAGAAAUGCGAUCAGCAUGUGAGGGAGCUAAGACUCAUGUUUUACGAAGCGCACAUCGGCCACCAUCAUUAGCAGCCUUGUAUACUCUCUCAAGUCAAGCAACACAUGAAGCAGUCCAUCUACUAUGUAGAAUGCUCGUCUUUGACCCUGACAAGAGAAUCACUGCGGCAGACGCAUUAGCACACCCGUAUUUAGACGAGGGUCGGCUACGAUACCAUUCCUGUAUGUGUACAUGUUGCCAUAAUGUGGGUGGGGUACGACAUUACACCAGCGAUUUUGAACCAAUAUGCAAAGAACCAUUUAGAUAUGACUUUGAAGAUGAUCUAACUUCUGUCUUCAAAGUAAAAGAGAAGCUACACAAAUAUAUUCUAGAACAGCAAAAGGGAAACAGUCGUGUGCCUCUAUGCCUUAAUCCAAGUUCCAUAUCAUUCAAAAACUUUGCAAACUCUCAGGUUGCCCAACCCUCGGAACUGCCUCCGUCACCGCAUGUCUGGGAAUGACCAAUGUGAUCUCGAAAUACUGCCAAAUAUUUAUACAUACAAGUUGUGUUUCGUACAAAGAAACAUGUAUAACUCUGCAAUUCCAAAAAUACAAAAGAGACGUAUGGAAGGGAUGAUGACUGAAGACUUAAAGCUUUAUACAAACAAUGAGGACCAAAACUAAAAACAAAUCGCGAAUCAAAUCGGCAGCCUAGUCUAAGAUGUAUGAAAGCUUAGUUACGAGUACAAAAGGUGGCGUAUAAGAAGAAAAAACAUUUUUACUGGUGCAUUCUGGGAUAUAUGUGAAAAUGGACACUUGCUAAGAUAUUCCCACAAGUGAUUGCAACUCUUUAGUGAAGAACCAUUGUAUGGAUACAUGGAUUAUUUUGCCUUUUGUUUGCGUAUUUAAUAGAUGUAUGUUUUAAAUGGUGUUUGCUACCUGUAACCUUUUCUACUUUUUUUUUUCUCAGUUUUUGAAGCUUACAAAGGUUUGAGUUUGUUUUCCUUGUUCAAAUUAUGUUAUAGCAUAAACAGAAAGUUUUCUUAGCUGGAGUGAUUUUUCUGUGUAUUACUAACAGUAGUAGAUAAUGUUUUAUGUAAACUAAAUGGUGCUUUCUAGGUAGCAAGUUGAAAGUUUGUUUGGAAUUCUUCUUCUUUAAUUGUAUCUCCCUUCUCAAGUACUUUAUUUGGGGUUUUACUGUGAAUUGCAUGUAACAAAACUUAAGUCGGUAAUUAGUUGAAUGCAACUCACUGUACAUAAUAUUAUAUGUUAAGGAAAUGGGGGGGGGGGGGGUUACGAAGCUGGUACAUUUUGGUAUAAUGAACAUAAAUAUAAUUGAAACUAAAUUAGAAUAAAUGUGGUGAUGACAUUAGUUUUAUAGGUCAGUUAAUGCUAUGUACAUGUAUUUUCCUGCAUUUUACGUCACAAGUUUUAUAUGUACUCUCACUUUCUUGAUCUCACGCUUUUAAUGUGUCCAUUUAUGUCGAUAGAAUAUGUUUACACAUAUGUAUGCCAUAUUGUUGUGUACAUUACCCCUUAUCUAUAAGAACAUAAGUCUUAUUCUCUUUUUAUUCUAUUGAACAUUAACAAAUUUAAUAUUGUAAAAGGUUGUUAUAAAAACGGGCCAAAUUAUUACUUGUAUCAAGGAAUAUUUGAUUUAAAAGAUUCGUUCAAUUGUAAAUAAUUUUACUUGUUUUCUUAAGCUCACCAAUUUUGGCACGAAGGUGAUUUAAAUAGUGAUGGCUCAAGGAUUGAUUAAUUUUGUGAAAAUAGUAACUUUAUAAGAUAUUAUUGGAUUAUGUUUCAUAAUAUUAGUAAACCAUUAUAUCAAACAUAGAUUUUGAUCCUCGGUGAAUGUGAAAUAAGAAAGAAUAAUUGGCCAUUGCAGUGAUCUGAAGUAUUAGCUUUAAAAGCAAGAAUAAUUGAUAUGAAUUUAAGGAAUAUACUUUAUAAUAUGAUGAAAUGUUCAUUAAUAUAUAAGAGGUAAAAGACGAUGCGUAGAUUUUCUGAUACUCUGGAAAUAUAGAGAGGGGAUUAUGGUAUAUAAGUACUUUGAUACGUGAAACAAUUAACAUUGUAUGUACUUGAAACAUUGACAUUUUAUGUGCCGACUAUUUAUUAUAAAGCCCAGCUGUAUUUAAGUCGCUAAAAGCUACAUAAAGAAUUUAAGAGAGUAAAUGCACUUUAUGGUCAUGACAAUCUACGGAAAUAUUCGUUUGUUUUAAACGUUAAACUCAGGGUAAACAUGCUUGCAAAUGAAAUUGCUACAAAAAUAAUAUUUCCAUGUGUGUGUACAUUUAGCAAAAAAAUAUUUCAUGUAUGUUGCUGAGAUGUAUGAAUAUUUAAAUGCAAAUACAAAGCUGAUUGGUUCUCUUACUUCAUAGCUCCGCCCACUUGUUGAAUAAUUGAUUUGAGAUGUAAACUUGAAAGCUGGAGACAUAUCUUGUUUGAAUUGAGUCGUUAAAAAAAAAUUAAAAAUUUUUUGUUCACUUCCUGCUAGCUUUCAUGUAACUGUGUAUGGGUCAAGUUUCUUAACCAACCUUGUAUAAAGUUCAUUUACAAGAGUGAUAAUGUUGAUUGGUUGACUGUACAAUGUUGUACAUGUAUUGAGCAGGGUGUUUAGACUUUAAGUAAACAGAUUCUGGUAGCUGUGCAAUGUUAUUUAGGAUUUUUCUGUUGGCAAUAGUAAACAGAUAGGUCAGUGAAUGAUGUUGUAAAUGCUGAAAAAUUUGUUUAACUAUUUUUCCUGAUAUUACAUCUACAAAUGCUUGUAAUAUAAAUUAUUCAUAUGUAGAAUGUGAAGAAAAAAAGUGAUAUUAAUAUAUUAAUGUUUUUUUUGUAAAACAAAAAAGUGAAUAGUCCCACCAUUAAUAAAAUAUUGUUUUUAAAAGCAUUAACAGCAAGUUAUAGAUUAAAAAAUUGAUAAGAACGUCAAUUUAUUUAGAUUUGUUCUCGAUAUAUACAUAUAUAUGUAAGUGUAUUUUCUCUAGGUUGUUUCACUGCAUCAUUUCUUGUGUGUGUGUAUAUAUGCAAUGAAAUAUGCAUAUUUAUUAUAAACAAAAUGGUGCAUUGUCAAUACACAAAGUGUAGAGAAGUUGGGAGAAGAAUAAAUGUAAACAUAUCUAACGAGGUUAUCAUAAUGUGUGAGACGCAUUUUGGAGAGAAAAAAUCAAAUGUGUAGUAGUUCGACCACAUAAUGUCAUUUCUGUAUAAAAUCAUGUAUGGAAUCGUGUAUGAUACGUGCCAGUGGGUCAAUAUACUGACAAACUGAUGUAUCAGUGUUCAAUACUGUCUGAAAAUUGGUUAAUUAAUAGAACAAAUAUAUUAACAUCAUUGUCUUCAAUUUUGAUGUGUGCAUUUAUUUUAAAUUGAAAUUAAUUUGAAAAGGGAAAAGCCAUAUUUGGGUCAUAUAUUUAUGACGUUGUAAAAUGAUUCCAGUUUGAUGAGAUGAUGAAAGCUAAGCUUGAUGUACAGGAUGUUUUAUUUAUAUUAUUUCUUUCCAGUAAUUGUACAUAAAAAUUUGCUUUCUUCUUUUUCUUCGAGGUCUGCUGGACCAAGUCUACUUAUUAUAUAUUGUCAAAAAGAAAUGCAAAAUUGAAUGGAGAUCAACCAAAGAUGCCAAUUUUGAAUCUCCAAAUUUAUAUGUAUAUAGUUUCUUGAAUAGUUUUGUUUUAUUGCAUGUAUUAAGAUUGUGAUUAUCCAUUCUUGUAAAUCAGGAAAGAUUUUUUUUUUUCGCAAUUGGACAAGGGUAUGUUGAAAUAUUCAAUUGGUUUUUGAAGUUGUCUACAUUUGAAAGUGUCGGUCCUUUUUCAAUUACAGAGAAGGGACUAAAAAAAAUUUACUUUCGCAGAUGUCAUUUAAUUUUUGUGGCAAAAAAUGAAAUAGCUGAAAUGAAUUUCUCUUUGUAAAUGAAGAAUUUGUACAGUGUAGUGAUAUUUUAUAUUAAAGUAGCAUUAGAAUCUGAUUUUUUAUCACCAUCUUUUUACUGUAUGUAAUAAGAGUAAAAUCAAGGCUUCUAGUUUAUAUACCGUAAAUAGUUGUGAUCACUUUGCCUUACAUAUUUUAUACUGGUUAUAGACAUGUAGAUCCUUUUAUGUCCAGAUUUAAAAAACAACAACAUUUUAUUUCUGAUCCAUUUUAUGCGAAUUGCAGUCAGUUUUAUUCUGUUUUUGGUCCUUGUUUAAAGUUGGUAUUUGCAUACAAAAAAGUUUUUCUUAAACAUUUUCUGUUAUUAUUUGGAGUGUACAUAAGAAGUUAAAACAGGUAAAAGAUAAUGGCCCUGCUGUUUUAGUUAUUCAUUUUAUAUUAGUUUUUGUUAACAAAAAGAAUGUUAAAGUGACAACUUUACCCAAAUUAUAAAUUAUUUGCCCAGAAUAUAAAUAAUAACCAGCAUUACAAUAUAAUAGAUAAAUUUUGAAAUUUUGUUUGACUCGUAUAAGACAAUGACAUUUUCUCUUUUAAUGCUUGAAAAAGGUUUAUUCUUGAUAAAAGAUUUAUUUUUAAGGCACCAAAAGUUCCCUUUGUAAUUUUGCAUGUAUAUUAAAAAGGCUUAUUCUUAUUAAAUUUAUAUGGAAUUUACCCACCCUGUUUAAAAUUGUGCUAGAAUUUGUUUAUUAAUUAUACAUAUAAAACACACAGAUAUAGUAGCUUAUGUGAGAUGCUCUUAUCCAAGACUUUGUGAGGGAAUAAAAUUGAAAAUCUAAGGUAUAUUUUCCUUUUGGUUCUGUUUUUUAAACUUGAUUUGGUGUAAAUUUGUGUUUCACUUUCUCAUUAAUAUGGAAAAAAAAUUAUACAAAUUAAAAAUUCUCUUUAAACUGGAACAUUGUCAUAUGUUCAGAAAAUCUAUUUCAAGGAAUUUGAUUAUAUCCCAAAAGGUAAUCCAAUUUUUGAAUGCAUAUGCAUUUUUUUGAGACCUUGUUUAGUUGAGAAUGAUAUUGUUUAGGUUUGAGGUUUUAUUUUCUGGCCUAAAAUGAGGACAUGUUCAAUAUAACGGCAUACAGUGGCAGUGAACACUGAAAGAAGAAAAUAUUAGAGAAAUUGUAUAUAGAAGUAUAUAUAUAGAUAUAUAUAUCUGCAGAUAGCAGUGUGUAUUAGGGUGUGAGGUUUUCAUGUAUUCAUUUGUAUCAUAUAUGUCAUAGAUUAGAUGUUUUUUCUAAGGUGAUUCUACGUGUUUGUCUUGUAUUUGACAAGAGUUGUUCCCCCUCUAGCAGUUAGGCAAAUUCCAGUAAUAUGUUGUAGUAUUGUCAGAACUAGUUUUAAACUAAUGAGAAAUAAAAUUUGGAGGAUACGUUUUAACAAUUUUCUUUGAUUGAGAUUAUGAAAUGAAUGGCUACCAUUUUAGCUGGUAGAAGUAAGAAGGAUGGUCUUGGAUUUACAGUUAAAAUGUUACUCUCUGGCAUGUUACAAUGGGGAUUCUUCAUGAUGUAUCAUACGUUUGAUAUAUUCUUAUUGAAUAAUUUAAGAGAUAUAUUGAAAGAAGUUGAUUAUGGAGGUCAUGGUCUGUACAGUUCAGUAUUAUGUUGAUCUAUAUUUUCAAUAUUUCCCUUAAAUGAUGAAUGAGUUUGUCCAGAUUAAAAGAUGGACAAGUCCAUUUAAGAUAUUUGGUGGGGGUAUUUGUUAAUACUGCAUUAUUUAAACAGAAUCCAAGAACAGUUCUUAACAGCUAGCUUAACCAUCAACUGAAAGUAUUAUAUGACAGAAAAGCUGAGUUAAAAAUUGACAAACAUUGAAGUUUUGCUAAAAAAUGUGUCAAUUAUUUGGGGCAAACAGUUUUAUACAGUUUUACGUAAGAAAAAUAAAUCUUUUCAUAUUAUCAUCAUAUCCAUCACACAGAUCAUGAGAAAAUGUAUAGUUGUAUGUACAGAGAUGUUUAAAUUACUGUCAUUCCAGAUUCGUGUACAUAUUCUGUGAUUAUUCUUUUUUCUUAUUUUUUCAAAGGGAGUGUUAUUCUUAUUUUGUCCAUCUAUAUUAUAGUCGAGUAUGUGAUUAUUUAUAUGUGUACAUGUAGAUUUGAUGUAGUUUUUUUUUCAUAAGAAGGGAAUUUUCAAACUUCCGUUACAUUUAUUUAUGAUAGUUGAUUUUUUUUUUGAAGUGUUGAUAACCUCAGAUAAAGCAAUUAUAAAUAUAGCUUUGUUUCCUUUUUUAGACCUCAUACGUUAUUAUUACUUUUCCUGUUAAUAAAGCAGAUAUAAAUACUUGCAGAUGAAAAAAAAAGAAGAAAAUUGUGGUUAGAAUCCAUUAGAAUUUUUUCAGUGUUCUCCAAAUUGGUUAUAAUGCAUGAAAUUGCUUUUUGUUCAUAACUAUUUUUUGUGUGAAAUUAUAAAACUAAUACUUUAUAUACUAGAUAUGUACCAUAUUACUUCAGACUGUGUGCAAUUGAAUUUUUUACUUGUUUUCUUGUUGUUUUUGUUUGGGUUUUUUUCGCUUAGAAAAUAACUUCUUUUUUUUUCUUUUUUUUUCAAAAUUAUGACAAGCUUUUAUUUACAGGUAAAAAGUCCGUCAAAAAAACAAAAAAUUAUGUAAUUUUUUCAUUAUUUUUAUAUAGUUUGUAGAAUGGGGUUCUGAAAAUGUUUAAAGUGCAUGUUGGUGUGUAUAUUUCUCACUUGUAUUCAUACUCAUAAUCAUUUCAUAUUAUUCAAGCACUUAUCGAACAUUUUGCACAACCCUCUCAGGGUGAAAAAAAAGUCCUUUUUUUGUAACUUUUGAUUUCCACAAUGCUUUUGCAUUUUCUAUUUGGUGUUUACAUGUAUUUAUAUGAAAUAUUGUUAGUGGUGUAUGUUUCUAAAAACCUGUACAUAUUGAUGUUAUAUUUGGAGCUUAGAGACUUUGUUGUUUGCCCUAUACUAUAGCCAGUGUCCCCAUCCCAACACCCCCUUUUUAUUCAGUCCUGAAAAGUUGUAUGAAAGAUGAACAGAAAAACUGUUGUAUCAUAUAUACAUAUAUAAAUAUGAGCCACGUCAUGACAAAACCAACAUAGUGGGUUUGCGACCAGCAUGGAUCCAGACCAGCCUGCGCCUCUGCACAGUCUGAUCAGGAUCCAUGCUGGUCGCUUACCAACCCUUUUACAAGUAGAGAAACUGAUAGCGAACAGCAUGGAUCCUGAUCAGACUGCGCGGAUCCAUGCUGGUCGCAAAUGCACUAUUUUGUCGUGACGCGGCUCAUAUAUGUAAUCAGUUACACAGUUCUCCUGUUCGAUCCUUCAUACACAAUAUCUAACUACCUCUUACGGUGCAUAUUUAAGGCAGUUUUGAAAAAAGAAAAUUUCACUCGUUAUUAAAUUACAUGAGACCAAGUCUGAUGAAUUUAUUCAUAAUGAGUUUUCAAACACAUUUAAAAUGUGCCUAAAUUUUGAAAUUGACAUACAUGUAGUUCUAUGUAUAAAUGUUUUUUUUGUUUUUUUUGCUUAAAAAGAAUUGCCUCAUACUUUGCAUUGUGAUAGGUAGGAUUAAAAGUAGUUUUGUGUAAUUGCUCUUGUUUGAUGAUCAAUCAUUUUCACACGAUACUGCUUUCUAUAUGUAUCAAUAAUAACCAAUUCAGUAAACUUCUCUUCCAGUCCUAGAUAGGUGUCAUAUUUAAGCCUUUAUCCAAACCAUCUUUGAAGUGGUCAGAUAAGACUAUACUGUACCCUGACUGACUUGAAAAAAUUCAUUUCAUCUUGAUAUCUGGAAAAUUGAUAAUGGACAGUUCCAAAGAUGGAAGCCAGACAAGUCCAUUUAAUAACUUCAUGAAUUUAAGUGUUAUGGAAGAAUGGGUAUCAGGACUGGGAAUGUCUGGUCAUCAUUAUAGAACUGUUACUAUUGUGGAUAGAUGAGUGUACUAAUCAUUAGUAAUUUUUGAUAGAGAUUUACAUGUUAGCAUAUUGUGUGGAAUCAAGUUCAUGUAGCUGUGUCUUUUCAAUUUUUUAUAUAUAUAUAUAUAAAUUUCAGAUCUUUUUUUUUCUAAAUGAAAUUUUUGUCCUUGCAAUUUAUUUUGCUGGUCAAACAUUGUUAAACUAAAAGGGUUUUAUACAAGAUGAUAAAAAGAAUGUUUUUACAGUAGAUAAUAAAAAAAAUGGACUGUAGAUUUUUAUGGGAAACUUUUUUAUUUUUAAAAAAUCGUUUCCAAGGAAGUUGACUUUUGAUAGGUUUUUUUAUUUGGAAUCUUUUUCUCAGAAUUCAAAAUUUUAUAUUGUAAGUAUAAUCAGGUUGAUAAAAAAAUAUAUUAGGUUUAUGUAAAACUUUGGACAAAUUGAGAAAACAAAGAAAAGAACUACAUAGCUUUUGCUGAUAGGUAUUUGGCUUUGUGUGUGUAUCAUUAUUUAUUUCCAUUUUAAGAACUAUUUGUUCUUCUUCAUUUCCAGUAUUCCUUUAAACUGCAUGUCUUUAUUGUCCUAUAAAAAACAACAUAAAACACUGCAUACCAAGUUCUUUAUUGUCAGUAUUUAAUAAAAUCUUCAUAUUGUCAUGCCAUACUUCAUAUAACAUUGUAAUAAACUUGUCUACAUUUCAAACAAAAUGCACAUCAUGUGUACUAGACCUGUGUAAGAAGUGAAUGCUAUUUUUAGAACCUAUAUGUUGAUGUGUAAACACGAACAAAGUUAAGUAUUGUGAUGGUCAUCCACAAAACAAAAGCAUUUAAUCACAAAUUGUUCAUAUACAUGUAGUUUAUUGUUCAUCCAGACACAUUUUUCAUUUAAUAUGCAAAUUACAGUUUUAUAUUGUAAUAAAAUAUUUCAUACUGUAAUAAAAAUUAUUUCAUACUA